AUGUCCGAGGAAGAGUUGCCUCGGGCAAGGCCCAUCAGUGUGGCAGCUCGGAAAGAAGGGGCCCUGUCGCCAGGAGGAAGACCGACCUUGGACGAUGUGCUCAACAAUAAGGCACCCUCGCCUUACACCCUCGCCGCGUACACAGCAUUCCUCUCUCAGCAACACUGUCUGGAAACGCUCGAAUUCACGACAGAGGCCAAGAGAUAUUCGGACAAAUAUGACGAAGCAUCAGCCAGCAUGGGAGGCAUGCCUCUCACAGUAGAGACGCAGGAAGGAUGGGAAUUGAUACAGGACUGGACACGGAUUCUCGAAAUCUAUGUCAAGCCAGGUGCUCCGCGGGAGAUCAAUCUGCCGGCAGAGGAACGAGACGAUUUAAUUGAACGAUCCUAUGAUUUCAGACCGCCUCGGCCUGACUAUCUGGAUCCUGCCAUCAAACGCAUGUACGACUUGAUGUCGGAUUCGAUCUUCAUUCCCUUUUGCAACAGCCUCAAACAAGUUUCCCACGCCCAAACAUAUACGCCUAUGUCGGAAUUCGCGGACAUGGCUGAACUGGAGCCCUCACGGCUGACAUACGACGAGCGAGGGUUGCAUCGCCGGAUGCCUUCCCGCCGGCGGCGAUCUCCUCCACAUACAUCAGCAGUGUCAUUUGAAGCUUCUCGGUCUCCUCUGCAACAGCAUCGGCCGACACAGUCCUCGUCGUUGUCCUCGGCAUUAGGUCGGCAGAGUGGGGCACGCUUGUCGACACACGUGUCACACUCGUCUGCGGUCUCAGAAAGUGCAUUGACUGACAGCAGCGGAGGUCCGGAUAGCCCUCCUGUGGGUGAUCUUCUAGAAGCUGAAUCAGUUAUAACCCCACCGACAACGCCGCCAACGAGCGAGCUGGGUGGGACCAUAAGUCAUGGGAGUAUGAGCGGAUUGGCAAGCGUCAAAUCGCAUCGAAGCGAAAGUGGCGGCUGGAAGAAGGCGAUGAAGAUCUUCAGCGGCGGCAAGAGGAAGAAUGGCAGCAACGAGCACGACUGA